CGGCUAGUGAUUUGAAGGAGUGUACAAGUCAUGUAUGUUAUAAAUGGUAGAAGAACAAUAUAUGUUAGUGAAUAUAUGGAUUAAAUUAAAGUAACUCAAAUCCAAUUUUCUUUCAGAUUCUCCGUAGGCUCAUCAAAAAAUGUCUAUACCAGAUGGAGAAAGACAAAUUAAGGUCUAUCGCCAUCCCUGCUAUUGGCACAGGAGCACAGCAUUUCCCACGUCCGGAAGUUGCGAAAAUCUUUUUUGAAGAAGUUACGGGUCACUUCAUUGCCCGCCGUCAGAUCGAUGAAGUUCACUUCGUGGUGUUUGACCAGGCAACGGUAGACGCAUUUCUAGGUUUGUCACGGACUCACGCUAGUUGUGUUUUUUUUUGAAGAAAGUAAAGCUUGACGAUAGUAAACGUGUUGCCUUCAAUCAUAGUCAAUAGAAUAAGGUUAGGAAACUUGACACAUAUAUAAUAUACCUUGCUGUCUCUCUUUUUGUCUUGUAGUCAGGCAGAUAAAGGAUCAGAAUUAUGGAAAACUUACUAUAUCGUGGGACGAUUCCAUUUUGCCUUCAUAUUAUGCUCUGAAGGCUAGUAAGUACGUCCCUAUAUGUUGGCCGCGUUAAAAUUUCUUGUGGGCUCCUGCCGACACGUUUUUCUUCGAAUUUUGGAUUAAACUCUAUUACAGUUAAAAAAUGUGAAAUUUCUGAUACAUUUCUAAUACAAAUGACUUGUAUCAAUAGAAAGCUAACAAAAAAACUACAUAUAAGACAUUUAAAUGGUUAGUUGGGAUUUUCAAGCGGUUUUCGACGUUAUUGCCGUUUCAAAUGUGAAAAAUUAGCCGAAAUGUCGCAAAAUUCCUGGGCACUAGUCUGAACACACGCAUUCAACAGCUCAUAAUUCAAGAAGAACUUGAAAAACCCGGGUAACCGUUUAAAUGUUUUAUAUGUAAUUUUUUGCAAGCUUUCAAAUGAUGUAAGUCAUUUGUGUUAGAAAUGUAUUUGAAAUUUCACAUUUUUUAACUGUAGUAGAGUUUAAUACAACAUUCGAAGAAAAACGUGUCGGCAGGAGUCCACAAGAAAUUUUAACGCGGCCAACAUACAGAAACGUACUAACUACCGUUCAGGGCACAAUAUGAAGGCAAAAUGGAAUUGUCCCACGAUAUGGUAAGUUUUUUCCUUCUAUCUGCCAGACGAUAGUAAACGUGAUAUAAUAGACCUUGUUGUCUCUCUUUUUGUCUUGGUUUAUGAAAAAAAAUGGUCGGUUCAUCGUCACGUGUGUAUUGUAUUUUAGAGCAACCAAUAGCUGUUUCCAUUUAACCAUUGUGUAAUAUCACGACUGGGUAAUUAAACCAACACACUGCAUGCUAUUGGUUGGUUGGGCGACAUGAUUAUCAAUUUUCAAUUUUCAAACUGAUUAUCAAUUUCCCAUUUGUAAUGCAAAAUGACUGAAAAACGGCAAACUUCGCAAGGCUAUAUUAUCCGCAUUUUACAACAUUUCGCAACGAAACGUCGGAAUAUUACUAAUUUAGUGAUGCUCUUUCAAGCUGUGAUGAAAUUUUUGUCCAGGCAUAUCUAGAUCAAAUUUUCACUCAUAAGGGGAAAGGUCUAUUAAACUAAACGUUCACCAUUGCUGUUUUCCGAGAAGAGAUGUAAGCCUUUGCAUUAGUCUUGUAUGGAGCUUUCCGGUAAUUACGUCACGACUAACACUGUUUUCAACUUUGGACCACCUUAAAUGGAAUAGAUUUCAAGUUUGUUUCUCACGGGCUAUGGUCAAAGAAGCAGAGCAUCCUUCCAAAAUACCUCUUGGCCCCUCGGCCUCGUUUUCGUGUUUAAGCUUAUUUCCACAUGUAUUGGUCAAAAUCCAAAAUUAUUUUUGAUGCAUGUGUUGAAGAAGGAUGUUCUGCUUCUCUGACCAAGGCACGUGAGAAACAAACUUGAAAUUCAUUCCAUUUAAGGUGGUCCUAAGUUGAAAACAGUGUUAGUCGUGACGAAAUUACCGGAAAGGUCUAUUCAGCUCUCGGCUGAUUGGUAGGAAAGAUGAAUUACUUUUAUUUUUGUUAUUCUUAAUAGGCGCAGUUCAGCAAAUCAAAUCCGUUAUUUUAUCGCUUCCGAGCAAGUGCGCUCCAGUACCAUCGCCGAAAAGUAAAGUUAUACCAAACGCAGGCAGUCCAAACAACGUUACUUUCACUGAAAAACUUGACGAAUCGCUGGAACUCUCUCUUGGGACAACAAACCUCACCGAAGCUUAUUUUACCCCCUGGGUCGUCACUCGUUUGAAACCGCCGAUAAUUGAAAGAAAAUUUCACAAAUUCAAUCUGUCCACUAGCAGUAGGGAAUACCAGAAUGUCGAAACCGCAUUCCACAAAUCUGUUUCGAAUCAAAUUGUCCGCAUCGAAAAAAUACAAAACAAAGAAAUUUAUGAGUUGUAUAAUGUGAAACGCAGAGCAAUGAUGAACAAAUUCGGCAGCAACUUUGCAGGCAAAGAACUGUGGCUGUUUCAUGGCACCUCGCUUCAAAGUAUAGACAAAAUUAAUGCCAAUGGAUUGAAUAGAAGUUAUGCAGGGACACAUGGUAAGUAUUUAAAGUAUCCUUGACCAUUAUUUGAUUGAAAGAGCAACGCGAAAGCGUCAUCGUACAUUAAAAAUAUUUAUAUAACCAAAACGGAUUACUUCUUAAUUGCUUUAUUUAUUUCUCUCUCUUUUAAGAGAAAUACUUAUAGAAUAUUACUGUCACAACAUUCUUUCACACAAGUCUAUUUACAACAUUCGCGUUCUUGUUGUAUUGGAUAUACAAACCCUCAUGUUGUCAAUAUAGUGUACUUAAAAAAUGAUAUUUCGUGUGAAAAAUGAACCUAAAUGAGAUUUUUGUUCAAGAUACAGCUGACUCCGACCAUCAUGAUGAUUAUGAAUUUGUGUAUUUUAAUUUGUGUAUUUUUAAGAAUUAAAAUUCUUCAUUAGGAAUGCAAAUUACAACAAUAGAUAGAAAGAAAACAAACGAGUUGGACUUGUGGUAUUUUUCUAUUAGUAAUAUACCGGUACAUGAAAAAAUUUCUCAGUUCAGCUGAUUGGCUAAGAGCAGUACAAUUUUUUCGAAAUACUGUACAGUGCCAAAAAUGAAAUACAGUGCCAAAAAUGAAAUACAGUGCAAAAAAUGAAAUACAGUGCAAAAAAUGAAAUACAGUGCAAAUUUCAUUGACUAUAAGAUACAGCCAUUUCUAGCAGAAAAUAAUACAAAAAAUCCAAACAUUUACAAUUGACAAAAAUGGCUGCGUUUUUAGUAGAUCUUCUAUUAAAAUUAACUAUUUCGCAUUAAUAAGUAGUAUUACUUACUCGUGAGUUUUUCAAAGACUUCAAAUUGCACUCGUCCUUUGGACUCGUGCAAUUUUGACCGUCUUUGAAAAACUCACUCCGUGCAUGUUUUUUUCCCAAAUUGCACUCGAAACCAUACAAUUACCUCUACCUAUACAGGGUGUAUAAAAAAAAAGGUAAUCGAACUUCAGCGCGCUAUUGUAUCUGAAUUACUCUGCGUAUGAACGAGAUAUUUUCACAUUCGGAAUGAUCAUGCUUUUAGCUGUUGAAUGAUAUCUUCUUCAUGCCAAAUGGAUAAAAAAUGAGCAAAUACGAAUCCGAUAAAAAAUGUUAGUCAGAUUCGCAUAUUUUCACCGUUGAGAGUUGGGUCAAAAACCAUUGAAAAUGAACCCCCAUUAGGACUUAAGUUGAUGAAUUUCACUUCAUUAAACUGCACACAUAUUCAUAAUUAUUAUUAAGUCGGAAUAAAUCUUAGCUAAGCUACGACACGUUCGUGAUUAAUUGCUUUUUCUUUUGUUAUGCAUUGUUUAAUUAGGCACAGAGGUGAAAAUAUGCGAUUUUGACUAACAUUUUUAAUCGGCCUCGUACAUGCUUAUUUUUUCUCCACUUGUCAUGAAAAGCAUGUCAUUCAAUAGCUAAAAGCCUGAUCUUUCCGAAUAUGAAAACCAAUUGUUCAUACGCCAAGUAAUUCACGUAUAAUAGCGCGCUGUAGUUCGAUUACCUUUUUUUUAUACACCCUGUACAUGAAUAGUGAUGCUUAAUUUUCUCUUUCUUCACUCUUCAGCCACGUCGUAUGGCAAAGGUGUUUACUUUGCCAGAGAUGCUAGUUAUUCCUGCAAGCUGAAGUACUCACCCCCGGACUGGCGUGGGCUUCGCUACAUGUAUUACGCCAAAGUUUUGGUCGGAGAUUACACACAGGGGAACUCUAGUAUGAUAGCACGACCCAGUAUAAAGGAUACUGCUUAUCCGGACGAAACUUAUGACUCUGUGGUAGACAACAUUUCACACCCAAAUAUUUAUGUUCUGUUUCAAGACUAUGAAUAUUACACUGAGUAUCUUAUCACUUUCCGAUAACUUAAAGACAUCAUAAUUAUCUAACUAUAUUUUUAAAGAAAUAUGAAGGUAUAGAAUAGAAAUAUAAUAUAAGAAUAUUGUAGAAUACUACCUACAACUGAUGUUCCAUUAUAAAUUUAAUAGCUUGUAAACAGAAGUAUUUUGCUAGUUUUUAUAGGUGAGAUUUACUAGUCUUGAUGCUGUAUGUAAUUUGUAUGUAAGACAAUAAAUCAGUUUCUCCAACUGUUUCUGCCUGAAGUUUACUUUAUUGCGACGAGAAAUGAACGGACAGUCUCAAAAUCACCUCAGUUUUAUAAAAGGGAUUUUUAAAAGGAUCGGGAAAAACGUUGGAAUUGAGCUACGGUAUAUUUCAA